CAUCCUAUUAAACAACAAGCCAGGAACACACUGUAACAAAAAAAAGAAUAAAGCUCUACCCUUUUGUUAUCUGAAUCUAUAAACCCCAUUUGCAGCCACUCCAUAUGUGGUUUUAUGGAGCUUGCACUUGUUUUCAGCUAGUUCAAAGCUUCAACUUUUCUGGGUAAUCCUUCAUUUCUUCUUAUAAGUGAUUAUCAGUGAGCAAGAAGAACAGAGAGGGAGUGUUAAUGGAGCAAAUGAACACAUAAAGAGGGACCCUACUGCUUAAUUUUUGGAGAGCAGCAACAGUCACUUUCAAUCAUUCUUUUUUCUCUUUGAGUGGUGGUAGUGGUUCUGUCAAUGACCUAUCUAAUCACCCAUUUUUCACACACUUUGCCUUAUCACACUAGCUAGCUAACGGGAUCUUAUUCUUGUUCAUAUGAAAAAAAAGUUAAAAGAAAGACAAACGCUUCCUUGGUUAUUCCCUUUCCCUUUGUUUUUUGUUUUGAUCAAAUAAAAAAGGGGAGAUCUUUUUAGUUAAAAAGACUGGUUUUUGUGGAUUCACUGAGCUGUCUUUUGCAGAUCUCAUUCAUAUGAAGAGCUUUUUUAGUCUGGUGUAUCUGCUUCUAGUACUUGCAUUUUUCAGUCAUAUUACAUGGGCUGUCAAGGGCAACUCGCUUUGCAAACAGACCGGUAUGGGGGAGAUUCGACCUCACAGUGUCACCAUUACCGAAUUCGGUGCAGUUGGAGAUGGUGUUACUCUCAAUACAAAAGCCUUUCAGAAUGCUAUCUUCUACCUCAAUUCAUUUGCUGAUAAAGGUGGGGCCAAGCUUUUUGUCCCGGCUGGCCGGUGGUUAACAGGAAGCUUCGAUCUCAUCAGUCACCUAACUUUGUGGUUAGAUAAGGAUGCAAUAAUUCUUGGAUCAAUGAAUUCGGAUGAUUGGCCAGUCGUUGACCCUCUGCCAUCCUAUGGCCGAGGUAGGGAGUUACCUGGUGGAAGGCACCGAAGCUUAAUAUAUGGUCGCAAUUUGACUGAUGUAAUCAUAACAGGUGAUAAUGGCACUAUUGAUGGCCAAGGUUCUGUUUGGUGGAACUGGUUUAGAAGUAAAACUCUGAACUAUACUCGGCCCCAUCUGGUUGAAUUAAUGAACUCAACUGGUGUUGUAAUCUCGAACUUGACUUUCUUGAAUUCUCCAUUUUGGACCAUUCACCCGGUUUACUGCAGCCAUGUCAUAGUCCAGGAUGUCACAAUCCUGGCUCCUCUGGAUUCACCAAACACGGACGGGAUCGAUCCAGAUUCUUCCGAUGAUGUUUGCAUUGAAGACUGUUACAUUAGCACCGGUGAUGAUCUAAUUUCCAUCAAAAGUGGGUGGGAUGAGUAUGGCAUUUCAUUUGCUCGUCCCAGCAGAAAUAUUAUCAUCCGCCGGCUUACUGGACACAACCGAAACGGCUCUGGAAUUGCAAUUGGAAGUGAGAUGUCCGGAGGUGUUUCCGAAGUUUAUGCAGAAAAUAUCUAUUUUUUCAAUUCAAGCACCGGUAUUAUAUUAAAAACAGCUCGUGGAAGGGGUGGUUACGUGAGAAACAUCUAUAUAUCAAAUGUUACUUUGGUUGGUGUAGACACAGCGAUAUUCUUCAAUAGUAAUUUUUCUCAGCAUCCAGAUGAGUUUUACGAUCCAAAUUCGCUCCCCGUGAUAGAAAGGAUUACUUUUAAAGAUGUCAUAGGAGAUAACAUAAAAGUUGCAGGCCUCCUCAAAGGUAUAGAAGGGGACAGUUUUCGUCAUAUUUGCUUAUUGAAUAUUACUCUCGAUGUAACCACCAAGUCUCCAUGGAACUGCUCGAACAUUCAGGGAUACUCCUCAUUGGUUUCCCCAGAAACUUGCGAACCUCUGAAGGAAAGUAUCUACCCCAAGCAUUAUUCAGAUUGUUACCUACUACCGAACCAUCUGCGGAGUUCAGCCUGUCACCUUGCCAAGGAAACGUUUCCCGACAUAAGAAGUUGAUUGGAGUAGCUGAUUUUGUGGUGGUUUAGCUUGUGAGAUAGUGUUGAGAGAUUGUUUAUUGUAAACUUUUGUGUGUAGUAGCAAAUAAUUGGGUGACCUUUCUUCUUCUUUUUUUUGUCCUUUGGCUUGUGGUAUAGUCUGAAAUCUCAACAUGUUAAAAUUUUGUUAUUCAAAAAGUUCAAUGAAAACAGAAUCAUAGAAAUAUUUAAAUAAAAAUGUGUAAAUUUAUUGCU